AUGUGGCAGUCAGAGGAAUCAAACCAUAUCCUGCUGAAGGUGGUGAUCCAGGGAAAUUCCUACAUAGUAGAUGCCGGUUUUGGUGGUGCCUACCAGAUGUGGCAGCCACUGAGGCUGAUUUCUGGGAAGGAUCAACCCCAGGUCCCUGGAAUCUUCCGCUUCACGGAAGACAACGGUACCUGGUACUUUGAGAAAGUCAAAAUGUCUCCAGAUAACAUACUUCAGAAGAAGUCAAUCUGCAGUCUCCAGACCACGGAAGGGCUCAUUGCCUUGGUUGGAUGGACCUUGACUGAGGUGAAGUAUAACUACACAGAGGACACGGACCUGAUGCGCAUCACAACUCUUACAGACGAAGAGCUUGAGAAGACACUGAAAGAUAAAUUCAAUAUAGUGCUGGAGAACAAACUUGUACCAGUAAAUGUUCGUGGCUUGCCACCUAAUUUAGUGGAUAAGAUCUAAUUCUAGCACUGUGCUGGAUGGAUCUGUAAGUAUCCAAGAGAAAAGUUCUAAAAGUAACGUUAAUUACAUUAAUUGAUUCUGAAGUUGAACUAGACACAAAGCUUUGUAAACUUAAGUGCCUUGCUAGUUAAAUGCAUAUACCAUUUGCAUAAUUUUUCUUAAGCUUCUCCCUCUUUGGAAACUAAGCCAUCUUACCACCUCUGAUUUGCUCAUAUGGAAAUUGCUUUUUGACUCCUUACCAUUUUGUUCCACCCCUCUGGAACUCAUUUUAUUGCAGGUCUAUUUUGUGUCAGAGGAGGCCAAAAUGAUACAGAAGGAGAAGUUGUGUUACCAUUUUACAUAGAAGACUUCUAACCCUUUCUGAUGUUACUUCCAGUCUUCUCAGCAGGGUUUUACAAAUUAUUCACUUCCUUUAAAAAUCUGAAAGUAGAGCUGAAUUUGGCUUUCAAAGACUGUCCAGAAAAAAAGAAAGGUUAAGAGUUUCUCAAAACAAGACACCAUUAGGUGCUGAUUAGGUUAUGAUGAGAUAAAUUGAAAGACUUCCUAUUCCCUUAUCAGGAAUUGACUUAAAGUGAGCUAUUUACACAAAGGCAUCUGAACCCCCCCAGAAGCUGUCUAAUUUUGAGCAUCCCAUUUUUUCUGAGUCUGAUAUCUCUGUGUCUCUAA